AUGUCCGCAACGCUAGAAACGGCAGAGUCCAGCGACUAUGGCUCCGAUCUGGAUGCGGACACGUGGGACGACCUCUUCUCCCAAUCCCCCACCGUCCUGCCGAGCUUAGAAGAGCCCGUCCUGCCUCGCGAUGAUGCCGAACACGUGCCGACUCGCUCCUUGCGGCUUGCACGCAUUCGGGAGAAUAUUGACCGGGCCAUCACGGGGCUUGACGAUACUUCGAGGGAAUUGGAGAGGGACGGCGGAUGGAGAGCUGCGAGGACGCAGCAGCAGCAGGUGGAAGUCGAAUGCGACGAGGGGAACCGGGGUUCCUUUUCAGGUGAGUACAUGUACUGUGUGAGGCUCUGCUGUGGGGGAUGUGCUGGAGGGCUUUUGGGGAGGCUGACGCGCUGAUAAGAAGCGAUUGGUAGGGAUAAGACCUCCUCCUGAGAAGGAGAAGAGCGAACGACCACCGUCUGUUCCCGAGCAGCCAUCACCACCACGACGAUCCGCGGAGCCGGAAUCGAUGACCACGAGCGACACCCGAUCGCCGUUGGAGCGCUUUCGCACGAAGCCGAAGAAACCACUCUCCGUGACGGAUAUCGUCUCGCCCGCGUGGUGCGAGUUGCAGUACUGGUAUUCCCUCACCCGCUAUGGCCGGGUCAAGAAGACACCGGCCAUGAAGGCGGGAUCGAAGAUCCACAAGGAGAAAGAGCGGGAAGUGCACGUCGAGGUACCCGUGGAAAUCACGACCAAGGAGGAUCGGCUUGGUCUGAGGUUGUGGAACAUCAUCGGAGGCCUGCGAACGCUGCGAGCUACGGGUUUGACGAGAGAGCUGGAGGUCAUUGGGUUGGUGGAUGGGCAGGUCAUGGUUGGGGUUAUCGAUGAGAUCUCGUACACGUGUCCGGACGAAGCGCUGGAGGAGAAGAUCUUGGAGGCGGCAGAUUUGGGUAGGGGCGGGAAGAGGAAGAAGAAGGAUGCUAUCCCCGCGGACCAAACGACGAUGUCGGAUUUCUUUGGAGGAGAUGCGCAGAGCAAGACGUUGGACGUCGAACACGGCCGAUUGCGAAGCCGCCGACCUGCCAACAUCUACCUCACGGAUAUCAAAACCCGCGGAUCCAAAUCCAUGCCGAAGCUGGAAGGGCAGAUGCGAGCUACGAGGAUGCAGCUGAUGCUCUACCGUCGUCUGCUCAACGAUCUAGCCGCCAACAACGUCGACGCAGAACCUGUCUUUGAGCGCUACAACGUCGAUCCCCAUGGACGAUUCAGCGACUCCUUCAUCGCACAGCUCGCGGAUCUCAACACGCCCGCGAGCACUCAACCCCCACAACACGAAGAAGAUGACGAAAAUGACGAGCCCCUCUGCGCCAACCCACAACCCGAACAAGACGCUCUCGACGAAGUCCUCCAACACCAGACGUGCAGCUCCCUCUGGGCCCUCAUGAUCUCCGAAUUCAGCAAGACCAUCUCCGUCAACGCAAUCUCCUCCAGCAUCUCGCCGCUCCUCACGGCGGAAUUCCGAAAAUCAGAUACCGGGGUCCUGAUCGGGAGGCAGAGUUUCGCGUACGACGCGGAGGUGUUGGAGGGUUAUGUCCAGGAAGAGAUGCGGUGGUGGAAGGGCGAGAGGCAAGCGAAGGGGGUGGAUGUGGAAGAGAGCUAUAAGUGUAAGAUGUGUGAGUUUGCGGAGAAGUGUGAAUGGCGGAUUGAGAAGGAUCGGGAGGCUGGGCGGAAGGCGAGGGUGAGGAGGGCUGCUGCUGAUUCGGAGAAGACGACCUGA